AUGAAUCCCGAGGACGGCUCCUGCCCUAGGCAGGCACCUGGCCAUAUGACCCAGUCCCAGCUCCAGGAUGUUUUGGACUUUAUGAACGCCCCGGCUUCUCGUAGUCCUACUUCUCGUGAUCCUGCUUCUCGUGGUCCCGCUUCUCGUGGUCCCGUCGGCAUGCCGCCCGCUGUCCCCAUGCCCCAGAACGCUACCCUUGCUCCCAUGCGCGGUCCACGCAACACCCGCGUCAACAACUUCACCAGUGGAAUUGGAGCCAUGCGUAACAUUCUACGCCGAGUUGAUGCCGGUAAUCAUGGUGGUCCUCCUCCUCCUUAUCCGGAGCACCAACCACUGCCUCAUGUACCCAUGGAGCACAUCAUGCUCAACAUGCUCAAUGAGGCAAUUGAGGAUCUUCUGGAGAGCAAUUUUCGUCAGCAAACUGAGAUCGACAAGGUCAUCAUUAUCGUCGGCAAGAUGAAUAAGGCUCAAAAGAAGAGCACCGAGGAAAUCAAGCGCAUGAAUGAGUUGCUGGAGCAGGCCCACUAUUAUGGCUAUGGUCUCUUGGCCGUGCUGAUGCUUGUCGCACUUAUUUGCGCAGCUCUCGUGGGCGUCGCCACAACCGUCGUUCAAAGUGGCAAGUGA